AUUUCCGCCAUUUUGGACCGUGUUGCCUGCCGUACCGAAAGAGUCCAUAGCAGCCGAAUGGAUGUUGACAACAGAAGCCCGUUAAUUUACAGCUGAACUUAUAUUUCAUUGCAGCGAGGGUGGUUUGGUGAGAUUUAAAUGUUUUCCAGCGUGUUAAUGCUGUGGAAAUGACCUCAAACAAUCCAGCUGUUUUUCUUCUCAUGGUUAAUGGGCAAAUCGAAGCAGCCGAUUUCCCAGAAUAUGACGAUCUUUACUGCAAGUAUUGCUUUGUUUACGGACACGACUGGGCGCCCACAUCAGGCUUGGAAGAGGGGAUUUCUCAAAUAACAUCAAAAGGUAGAGGAUCUCAGAGUUUGGUGUGGAACUUCCCAUUGGACAUCACCUUCAAAAGCACAAACCCAUUUGGCUGGCCCCAGAUUGUGGUUAGUGUGUAUGGCCCUGACACUUUUGGAAAUGAUGUCGUGAGAGGUUAUGGAGCCGUACACAUCCCAUUUACACCUGGAAAACACACCAAGACCAUCCCUAUGUUCGUUCCUGAGUCUACAUCAAGACUUCAGAAGUUCACAAGCUGGCUGAUGGGAAGGCGUCCAGAAUUCACAGAUCCCAAAGUUGUUGCCCAAGGAGAGGGAAGAGAAGUUACGAGGGUGCGCUCACAAGGUUUUGUCACGCUACAGUUCAACAUUGUGACUAAAGACAUGAAGAAACUAGGUUAUGAAACUACAUCAGAGCAUUCAGCUGCUACAGGACUGACAAGAACAUCUCAACAGCCUUAAUAACUACUUUCAGGUUAUUUUUGUACCUUUUUGUAAUUGGUUUCCAAGUCACUUUAUUCAGUUUCACAGUUGUUUUAUAGCA